AUGCCGCAAAGGCUGGGUCUUCUCCUUGUGUUAGCCCUAGCUGUCUUGUUCGAUUUCUAUAGACAGCACUUCCACCUCCUGGCCGCUAGCGCGGCUGUGCAGUGGAUCACCAUGCAGGGCAUCGCUGCAGAAUCGGACUCCGCGCAGCGCGCAAAGCGCGAUCGCCUCCAGCGUGCACGCAAAGCGCGCCGUGCCCGCCGUAUCUCGGAAUGGAUGGACGACCUGCAGGUGAUGGACGACGACGACUUCAUCAACAUGUUCCGCAUAUCGCGAGAGGUGUUGGCGGAGAUUACUCCCGCGAUGGCUCAGCCUAUGAGCCAUUUCGUGGAUCGUUACGGCAUCCCGGUGGAGAUGUGCUGCUUGAUUCCGAUCAAGUAUUUCGCCUCUGCAAUGCCGUACAUAGACAUGGCUAUCUACUUCGGCAUUCCUAAGUCUAUCCUGCACAAGAUUGUCGAUGCUUUUCUCUUGCAUUUCCCACGGCGGUUCAAACGGACGUGGGUACGCUUCCCAACAUAUGACGAGAUGGAGGACAUGGCUGCUGACUUUAAAGCGGUUAGGGGGCUGCCAAACGUCAUAGGCGCUAUUGACGGCACCCACAUCGAGAUCAAGGGAUUGGAGAAUCACCGGCAGGAGUAUUACAACCGCAAAGGCGUCUAUUCCACGCAGCUACAAGUUACAUGUGACAGCAAAGGCUACAUCUGGGACUAUGUUGUAGGGCAUCCUGGCUCCAUGCACGACCAGGGCGUCUUCCAGCAGUCUGACCUGCAUGCACGACUCGAGCGAGGUGACAUUGCGCCUUUCCAGAUUGUGGGCGAUGCAGCAUACCCGCUCCGCGACUACUGCCUCACACCAGUCAACGCCUCGCGCAGACGCCUCAUGAAAAGCUGGGAGCAGACGUACAACUACGUCCACUCCGCAACCCGCAUGGUCGUUGAGCGGACAUUCGGCGCACUCAAACAGAGGUUGCCCGCGUCGUUGGCGAUGGCAGGUGGUUGUGCAGGUGCAGGUACCGUCGCCGGUAGAGGCGGUGCUGGAGGGGGUCGCCACAUCCCCGCCGCCAUGUGUAUUGCGGCGAUGAGCAGCUGCACGGUGUCGCUCAGCUGCCUCAUGGCUUGCCCGUUGCACGCAUUCAGCGUGUCGGAAAUCACCUUGGCGGCCGCCAUGGUCGCCGUCUCGUUCACGCGUGAACGCCGUGCCGGUACGGGGCUGGGCGUGGCUGGGAAGGGGGGGCAGGGCCGGGAGGUAGACAUUUGA